CGCACAUCGAAAAUAACUCUGGACACGGAGAAAUGUCUGGAAGCGGAUGGCUCGAAAGACAGGAGAGCAAGUUUGGACCGCCGGAUAUACGAAGGCAACGAUUCAAAUUUGAAACUAAAAAAAGAGAUAGCAAAGGAGGAGGGGGUGCAUGAGAUACGUAGAUCGAAAUCUGUUAUCGAUCUCUCGAUCGGUACUCAAACCCUUGGAAAAGGAACAAAAAUACGACAAUAUUGGAGCGAGAGAAUAAAACCAACGAAGAUAUCCGUCGACGAAAGAACGAGAAAAAUUCGUAAGGUAGAUAGAAACGAUUCGUUUCUCAAACGAUUCGUCAAAACUUCCAAGGAAAAUAUUACAGAGGGAUGCGAACGAUUGGUCAGAAAUAUUCGUAAGAGUCCACGUCUUUUAAAAAAAAAAUUACACCUGACCAAAAGUAGAGAGAAUUUGAGCGAUACAAAAAACGAUAAAAAUCGUCCUGUCCCAUCGAUUAGAAGGAAAAAAUCGAGAAAGAGUUCCCCGUGCGAAUUGGAUUAUUUAAAAAAAUCGAAAGAUUUUGUAAUUGUUACGAAAUAUAUAAAACAAGACGAGGAUUCGUCGAGAUCUAAAAGCGUCUCGGUCGAGGAUGUCGAGGAUUUGAUACGUUCAGAGGAUAAUCUUAGAUUAUUGGAAGAGCGUGCUAAUCUAAGAAGACGUUUCGAAAAGAAAAGAGAAUCUAAGGAUUCGCUUUUGGCUGAUUAUUCGCCUGCUGUACACAGGCGUUACGUACGGUCAAGGUCAUCGAGAAAAGAAGAUCGCGUCUCCGAGCCCGAAAGUAAGCCGUUCGAACAACGUACGUGCAAGUGCGAAAGGAAAGUGAAAUAUUCACCACCGCCGGACGAGGAAGAACCGAAGGAGAAGGAAGAGGAGGAAGAGGAGGAGGAGAAGAAGGAAGAAGAAGAAGAAGAAGAAGAGGAGGAGGAAGAGGUACAGAGGUCAUCGAGACAUAAACGGCAAAUCUGCGAUAACGCGAACGGGUCAGUCGAUCUCGAAGAAGUUCCAACGACUCGACAAUUUCCGAUAGCCGACAGUGACCAGUUGCAUGCGCGCGCCUCGAGCACGUCGUCCGACGUAAAAUGCAAACUUGCAAAUUCGUCGGGUGUACGAGGAGAAGAAGGAGAGGAACAACGGCAACGAGAACGACGACGACGACGACAACAACGAAAACGACGACGACAACGACGAAGAAGCGAACUACUACGUCGACGUAGACAGCAAGAAAGUGAGGAGGAAGAAGAAGAAGAAGAAGAAGAAGAAGAAGAAGAAGAAGAAGAAGAAGAAGAAGAAGAAGAAGAAGAAGAAGAGGGAAAAGAACCAACGAGUCUCAAGUUAUCAGUCGAGCUAUUAUCGCCGUUACUCGAAACUGCGAGAAUUUCGAUAGGAGAUCACGAGGAUGAAAGUAUUCUCUUAGCUGAAAGUUCUUUCGAAGCUCGAUCGAGUAUAGAAGAGGAGACGAGGAGCGUUAAUUCUGAAUCGUCGUCGAUCGAUACCAUCGUUGGCGAUGUUUUACGAUCCGUGACUGUUUUACAAAACGAUUCCAUCGAAAAGAUUAUCGGGGAUAGGAUCGAAUUGUCGAGGAACGACGUUAAGAAAAGAAAAAAAAGUUGUCUCGAGUAUAAACCGAAAUCGUGGAAUUCAAAGAUGAAGCUUACGAUUAGAAUGAUCAGAAUUCGCGACAAACUGAUGCUCGGUUUGAGCGCCUUUGCGAUAUUAUUCACUUUACUUUUGGUGAUGGAUCUUCAAAUGGAUCUUGGUUACAGUGGACAUCAUUUGGUACCAAGCCAUGGUCGUGUUAGAAUCGGUGAUGAUCCGAACGUCGAAACCAUAUAUACUGGUUUCCGGCGUAAAUUUUUACAACGUACGAACAGUAGUAAAGAACAAUAUGACACGUCCACAUUUACGCGAACUGUCAAGGACAUUGUUGGUGCUUCUCCGAGAACUGAUAAAUCGGACGAACAUGAUGAUUUCGCUGAUCUAAUCGAUAUUAUUGCAAACGGUUACGACGUUAACGCGGAAGAGGGUGUCAUUAGGAUUAGUGGCGAGGAUCAUACUUACAAUCCUACUUUGGGAGAACUCAGACAUGCCGUUCUAGGAAAAAAUGCCACGACUCUUGAAAAAUUUCAUCUACAAAUAUCCAGGACGGAAUUGUAUCCAAAAGAUUCUUCCUACGUGGAUGAAUUAUUACGUCAAAUGGCAACGCAACCAAUCACUCACGUUGUUCAGAAAGAAGGCGGCACUCAACUGAAAUUAGUGAUCGACUAUUUGAAUAACAUGCAAGCUCUUUUCAAGCCAAUGAGAUUUCCACGAGAGCAACAAACUCUACCAAAUCAUUUCUAUUUCACCGAUUUCGAAAGACAUACGGCGGAGAUUGCAUCUUUCCAUCUCGACAGAUUGUUGGGUUUUCGACGGGCGAUGCCGGUGACUGGAAGAACGUUAAAUAUAACAACAGAGAUUUACAACAUAGCCGAUGGCGAACUACUCAAAACGUUCUUCGUUAGUCCUGCAGGUAACCUUUGUUUUCACGGAAAAUGCAGUUACUACUGUGACACGGCACACGCGGUUUGCGGAAAUCCGGACACCUUAGAGGGUAGUUUCGCGGCUUUUCUACCGAACAAAUCAUUUGCAACGAGAAAGGCUUGGAGACAUCCCUGGAGAAGAAGUUAUCACAAACGGAGGAAAGCUCAGUGGGAGCAUGAUUCACAAUACUGUUCGCUGGUGAAAGAGAUUCCUCCGUACGACGAAGGACGAAGACUUCUCGAUCUGAUGGACAUGUCGGUCUUCGACUUUCUCACAGGAAAUAUGGACCGACAUCACUACGAGACCUUCAAGAUAUUCGGAAAUGACACUUUCACCCUCCAUGUCGAUCAUGGCCGUGGCUUUGGGAAACCUUUUCAUGAUGAGACCUCUAUUCUAGCACCCAUAUUACAAUGCUGCAUGAUCAGACAGAGCACAUUGGGUAUCCUAUUAAAGUUUCACAAUGGGCCAAUACGUUUGAGUGCAGCCAUGAAGCAAAGUAUGGCAAAGGAUCCAGUAGCACCAGUUUUAUGGGAACCCCAUUUGAUCGCUUUAGAUCGAAGAAUUGGCAUGAUCUUGCAAGCCAUCAGGGAAUGCAUAAAUCGCGAGGAUUCCGAACAAUUGGUCGUUCAAUCCGAGAAAAAAGAGAAAGCUGGAAAAUCCUAACCCUUUACAUUUGAUGGUAAAAUAAAAAAAAAAAAGAAAAAAAAAAAGCUAAAUCCCAUUGAAGCAGUCUCACGGGAUUUUCUUAAAAACCCCUGAAGACGUUUCGCUCGCAAAAGAAUCAACUCGAUCCUUCCAUCAUAAGUAUGUACAUACAAAUGUAUAAUAAUUAUUAUAUUUAUAAUAUACCUUACAUCUUAUUUCUAUUAACAACACGAUCCUUCUAUUGUUUUUUUUUUUUUUUAUUAUAUUUAAAUAGCUUCUUGCACGAUAAAUGUGUACAAAUAAGUGAACAAAAUAACAAUUAAUCCUUUUUCUUUUUAUUUUUUUUUCUUCCUUUUCUUUUCUUUUUUUCUUUUCUUUUUUUUUUGCAUUUUGAGAAGAAAGAGCUAUGUACAAAUCAAAAUAUAGGAAAUUAUUGUAAAGAAAAAAAAAAAAGAAGAAAGAAAAAAAAUUAAAAAAAUGGAUAAAAAACCAGACAAACAAACAAACAAACAAAC